CGUGACAGACUCCGGGUUUACGGCAGGUGCCCACGUGAUCCUGGCCUGCAGUCGGGUGGCUGCGGUGAGGUACCUGGGUUCCUGAAGGGCGGGCGGUUAGGUUUUAACCACCGUCGCCGCCGGCGGACUCUCCUGAGUUGCCGGGCAAGGAAACAACGGCUCAGCUGAGGCGUUCACCGCUUAGUGCCUACGUCAAGGGUCAGCUCUUUCUGCUGCCUCCGCCUUCGCGGUCCCCAAUUCUUUGCGGGUGAAGUUACCUUUGGGUUUCGAGACCUUGGGGCCUGAGGCCCAAACUUGGGACGAACCCUUAGCUCACCUCUCUUUUCCUGUCAUUCUCUAACUCUUACUUUGUACCACCGAAUUACUUGGCCUUUGAGCUAGCCAGCGCGGCCGUGCCUUGAGGCCAGGUUCGGGGCGAUAAAGGUAACCGUGGGGAAGGCGGCCCCCCAGUGGACAAAGGCGGAGGCAAGAAUAGAGCAGUCCUGAGGGCCGUAGGCGAUGAGAAUAGGCGGUUGAGGGGUGAACAAGAAAACAACAACCCCCCCCUCCCCCCAAAGAGUACUGAAGAUUUAGAAGGGACUGGAAAAGACUUGUUGCGCAAUGGAGGACUCUGACUCCGAGAAAAAGAUGGAGAAAGAAAAUCUGGGGCCGAGAAUGGAUCCUCCUCUAGGGGAACCGGAAGGAUCGCUUGGGUGGGUGCUACCAAAUACAGCCAUGAAGAAAAAGGUGCUGUUGAUGGGUAAAAGUGGGUCUGGUAAGACCAGCAUGAGGUCUAUUAUCUUUGCAAAUUAUAUUGCCAGAGACACACGUCGCCUUGGCGCAACAAUACUAGACCGUAUACAUAGUCUUCAAAUUAAUAGCAGUUUGAGCACCUACUCUCUCGUAGACUCUGUUGGAAAUACAAAGACAUUUGAUGUAGAACAUUCUCAUGUUCGAUUUCUGGGAAACCUGGUAUUGAACCUGUGGGAUUGUGGUGGGCAAGACACCUUCAUGGAAAAUUAUUUCACUAGCCAACGGGACAACAUAUUCCGAAAUGUGGAGGUUCUGAUUUAUGUCUUCGAUGUGGAAAGCCGCGAACUGGAAAAGGACAUGCACUAUUACCAGUCAUGCCUGGAGGCCAUUCUACAGAACUCUCCAGAUGCCAAAAUAUUUUGCUUGGUACACAAAAUGGAUCUGGUACAGGAGGAUCAACGCGACCUGAUUUUUAAAGAGCGAGAAGAAGAUUUGAGGCGUUUGUCUCGCCCAUUGGAAUGUUCUUGUUUCCGAACAUCUAUCUGGGAUGAAACUCUCUAUAAGGCUUGGUCCAGCAUAGUUUAUCAGCUGAUUCCCAAUGUUCAGCAGCUAGAAAUGAACCUAAGGAAUUUUGCUGAAAUUAUCGAAGCAGAUGAAGUACUUCUGUUUGAGAGAGCCACUUUUCUGGUAAUUUCUCACUAUCAGUGUAAAGAACAGCGUGAUGCCCAUAGAUUUGAGAAAAUAAGCAACAUUAUUAAGCAGUUCAAGCUGAGCUGCAGCAAGCUGGCUGCCUCUUUCCAGAGUAUGGAAGUCAGGAAUUCUAACUUCGCUGCUUUCAUUGACAUCUUUACAUCCAACACUUAUGUGAUGGUUGUGAUGUCUGAUCCGUCCAUUCCUUCUGCAGCUACUCUGAUCAACAUCCGCAAUGCCAGGAAACACUUUGAAAAGCUGGAAAGAGUGGAUGGACCAAAGCAGUGUCUUCUCAUGCGCUAAACAUUGAUGAAUAUUGUUUCACACAAAAAUUUAAAGUUUCAUAAUUAAUCUUAAUGUUGUAUUCAUAUAUGUAGGCUCCGAAAUGUUGUGAUGCUUAUUGCUUCUGUAUUUCUUCUCUACUCCCUAGUCUUAAUGUUUAACCUUGAAUGCUAUUUACUUAAAUAGCCAUUGAGGAGUUAGAAGAUGAAUUGUUCAUGAAGUCAGUGUAACAUAAAAGUAGGUGAUAUGUAAGUUUUCCGAUAACAAGGUUCUAAUAGUGUUUAAAUGUACUGGCAACCUGGUUCUAAUCGUUGUAUUUGCCAAAGCCUUUCUCAGCAUCAUCUUGUAUUCCUUAUCAGAUAGUAAGUAACCUGUAAGUUUGGAGUAUUACUGUUUUCUCAGCAUGCAUUAAAAAUAUUCCUUAACUUCAAUUGUAAAUAAACUUUUGCUGUUAGGGAUUUCAGUGUCUAUUUUUCUUUUCCUUGUUUUUUCAACUUUGUCCUAAGAAAGUAAAGGAAUUUCACAGUUAUUCUAGGUGAAGUGGACCUUUUGGUUGGAAAGGCACAGAAUAAAGUUGGAUGGGAAAGAUGUAGCCAGAUUAUGGCCUUAAAGCAAGGCAGAAGAAUUCAGAUAUAUGACAUCUAAAUGUGAUAGGAUACAGGAAAGCAUUGUAGGCCUUUGAGCAAGGAAAUUAUAUGCAAACAAUUUUGAAAGAAAGUUAACCUAGACCAUAUGAACUGACUGAUGGCAGGUGGGGAAGCUCUGGUAGUAAUCCAUGCUUGAAGUGUAUUGAAAGUAUGCAACUGGAGAAGGAAUGCGUAAAAGGGGGAGGGAAAGUAGAAUUUAUGAGGUCCAGGAGUGGUUAAUUGUAUAUAUUCCAUAUCACCCAAUGAAAUGUACCUACAUUAUUCUAUUAAGCAGUAUUAAAACCUUUUUCAAGCUGGCAAUUGUCUUUAACUUUACCUACCAAGGAAAAAAUGAAGCACUGUGAACUGUGAGAAAUGGAAUUUAAUAACACUAACUAGAAUUACUCAAAGCCCUAACCUUUUCAAUGUCCAUUUGAAAAUUGAAAACAGAAGACAGAACCAUUUAUGGAAUCUAUAGCACAGUAGACAGUAGACUCAUCUCAUUUCUCCUUCUCUGUGUCAUAAAGGAACUUCUAGACCACUGGUCUCUCACCUCUUCUCAUCUUAGUUUAUUAUUCCCAGUUGAGGAAUAAGUGGAGUUUUCGCUGAGAAGCAAAAAAAAAAAAAAAAAAAAAA